CCUCCACUACAUCCGUGAUAGAAAAAGCGUCAUCACUUGAUUGCCUUGAAGAAACUUUUUCUGAACUUUCAACUUCUUUCACAACUUUUCAUCAAAAUUUUCAAUGUAUUAAACAAGUUCACGAGUCUUUAAAUGAAUUUAAUAAAGCUUUUUCUGGGUUUUUAUAUGGAAUUAAAAUGAAUUCUCAUUGUAUAGAAUUUUCUGAGGCUCCAACGAAAGAAACAUUUGCUAGUUUUAUUCAAAGGCGUGAUGCUGAAUUGUUAAAAGAAAAUAGAUCUACACCAAUUGCAACACCUAUUCGUAAAAUCAAAACUCCAACUCCGAUUAGUAAAAUCAAAACUCCAGCGCCACUACCUCCAAAGAAGAAAAAAAUAAAUAAGGCUUUAGUUAUUAAAAAAUUGAUUAAGAAAAUUGCCGAUAGUUUAUCAUCAAAAUAUCGUGAUCAACACCAAAAUCGUAAAAAUGUGGAAUUGAUUCUUAGACUUUUAUGUGACAAUCCGGCGGAAGGAAAAUACAUACAAGAUAUUGUUAAAUGUACUGAACUGCCACGUGGUCGAUGUAUUGAAUACCUUAAUGUACUCGUCAAUACUGAAUACGUAGUAAAAUUAAGUCAUAAAG